AUGUCAAAGUGUACCAAAGUAAAACGCCCAUGUAAAAUUUGCCUGGCAACUGUUAACCGAAGAAAUGGCUUACAAUGUCACGGAGCCUGCCAGAGCUGGGUACACUACAGCUGCUUAAACUACACACCUGGUAAAAUCAGAGAUAUAAAGAAGGGAGUCAUAAAAGUAACAUGUCCAUGCCCCGACUGUAAGACAAUUAUGCCGAAAGAAUAUAGAACAGAUCAACCUUUUAGCUGCAGUAAUCAGCUAUGUCCAGCAAAUCGUCCACCAAAAUGUGAAAACCCGCGGUGUCCAAUAAAUGAUAGUGAAAGACGUGCAGUUCCAAAAGUAACUUGCCCUCUUAAUAAGUGUGGUAAUAGCUGUAAGCAACACAGCACUCCACAGCUUCCCUACGUCCACUUACCCCUACCUCCUAUGCAGCCGUGUGUACCCCUGCCACCGCAACCUAUGUGUCCGUCGAUGCCGGCAGACAGUUGUUUAAAUCCAAACAGAUGCAACACUGGAUGUACACCACCACCUGUUCAAAUGCCAAUGCCUAACCCGGCUGACUGCUAUAAGGGUUCUGGUACCGGCGGGCCUCAAAUGCGUGGCGUUGAAGAUAUGUGUAACACUCUUGGAAUUCUCACGACUCAACUCAAUGAUCUCAUGAAGAAGAUGCAAAGCUCUUGCCGGUAA